GUAGUGCACUAUGUAUAGAAUAGGUCCCUUUUGGGACAGACCCACAAAUAUAUGACUACAGGAAGUCUCUAAUGGAGAGAUAUUAGUAUAUAAUAGGGUGCAAUUCAGGAAGUGGCCAAUAUGACUGAUAAUGAUGGAGAGACAGAACAGAAUAGGGGGAGGAGGGUUAGGGGGAGGAGAAGAGGAAACCCCUGCAAUGUGUAAGAAUAUAAAUGCUGGGGCAUGCAGCAUCAGUCAGACAAAACAAGUAGCCUACCAACUUCACCAUCAGUCAGGAGCAUCCCUGGACACGGAGCCUACAAACAAUUAACUGGAACAUGACUUCUUCUACACACUGUACGUCUGACGUCACACUAAUCCGCCGUUCUCCUUGGUCACAGAAGCUGGGUUGGAUUUUUUGUAUUCUGUCACUCACUCUCUUGCUCUGCUCUCCUUUCAGAUCUCUCACUCCUCUCGGUGCUCGUUGUGUUAGUUAAGACGAGUCCCGUGCCCAGCGCGCUCUCUGAUCUCAAGACCUCGGGAUGGACCUCAGGAGAGGAGCUCGCGACAGACUCGUUCUCAGGUGAAACGGGCGCGCCCCCGAAGUGGGAGCAAAUUGUCAAGAUGCUUGUUCACGAGGUAACCACCUUCAGAGACCAACAGGUGAGUUGUUUUAUAUGUGUUUUACAUUUUGAACGUUAUAGUUGAAAACGACAAUAAACAUUGAAAAUAAUAAAUUAAACCAAUCUGAAAAAUAUAACUUUUAUUCCUCCUUGUGUUGUAGUUUGUGGAGGAGUUUCAGAAGCCUGUGGAAGAGAUGUCAUCGUUCACACAGCACCAGGUCCCCUCCACCCCCCCACACCUCUCCAAGACACUUUGCUUCACCUCCAAAAAGGUAAAGAUGGAGAUCAAUUAAUGUCUCUGACCUGUGUCUGGAAUUCUUUCCAAAUAACGAAGCUACGGCAUUCCUUUUGUGAUCGAAAUGAAAAAUCCCCUAACUGAAAAAUACGCAUUUAAAUGGUAGAAGCAGAUGGACUGUAAGGUAGCAACAUGCAACGAUCUUUAUUGUCUGACAGUCUGAGCCUAGUUCCUCUGUUUCUUCCUUCUAGAAUCUAGGCCCUAGGGAGUUUAAAUAAAAUGUGACUAAUUGAUGAAUUGAUUGAGGGUGUUUGUUGUCCCCUCUCCUAAAGGAGGCAUGUCUGCAGGAGAUCAGUCGUGGUCUGCAGGUGUACCAGGUUCUUCUCCAGCACGUUAAGGCUGAAUACCCACAAUCCACCCUGCUCCCCUCUGUCACACACCAGACCACAGUCCUGAUAGGGCUGGUCAAAGACCAGGUAUGUAAUAUAAAAGUUAUAGUAUUAUAUUGGAAUACUACUUAAAUAUCCUUUAAAAAAUAAAAAAGUUGACUUUCAUUGUAGUCCAUGGGCUGAUUUCCCAGACUUGCAUUAAUUCAGAUGCCUACAUUUUAGCACAGUCUUGUGGCACACAGAUGCCCUAACGUAGUGUCUCUCUCUCUCUCUCUCUCCAGAUGAAGGCUGCUGAGGUAGUAGAGGACCUGUCUGCCAGUGAGAGGGAGCGUGUGCUGGGUGAGGUGACUACAGGGACAGAGUGGGAGAGGAAGACCAGCGUUCACACCAUCCUUAGGGAGCUACGUAACUUCCUGGUUGACACCAAGAGAGCCCUCUGCGGCAUGGGAAAGAGGGGAAAAGGCUUCCAGUAACCAUGACAACACCGCUGUGGGCAGAGGGUGUGUUAUAGCAGGCCUGGAGCAGAAACCUGCAGUGUCUUAUUCUCUAAUGCAGUGGUUUCUUUUUAUUUAUUUAUUGAAUGUAGUACUUGACUGAACUUGAACUUGAAAACGAUCAAAAUAUUUAU